AUGUCUGACGACAGUUUCCACAGUAUCAGUGAUGAUCAAGAUUCAAACGAUUCUAAUGAUUUUUAUGAUAUUAAAGAACCAUAUGAUUAUGAUAAAGUUGAAGAAGUGGGAAUCUUGAAAGGAGUCUUUAAAUUAGAUGAAGAUGAAGAAGAGAUUUUUGAUGGAGAUUAUAAAUCAAAAUUUAUUAAAAAUAAACAUUUUAAGAUCAUAGACUUAAGUGAAAUUGAAUGGAAUAUACCGUGUCAGAUAGUUUAUAGUAAGGGAAGGGUAAUGUAUAAGUCAAAUAUUGAAGAUCCAGAAGUCAAUAUAUUUGAUUUAAUUGAUUUGUUUAUAAAGUACACUUUCGAUCCUUGCAAAGAUCUUGAUUUAGAUAAAUCCAUCGCUGGAAACAAGCAAAUGCGAUUUGGGACUAUCUGUCCAACUAGAAAAAGAUUGUUUGUUUAUAAAAAUAGAGAAUUCACAGCCUAUGGAAGAUACAUUUUUGGAUAUGAUCAUGGAGGUGUUAAGAUAAAAAAUGAUAAAACCACUGUUAAAUUUCGCAAUCCUCCCUUGGAUGAUGAGUGUUAUGAGUAUGUGUAUUCUUUCAUGAUCAGAAACCAUACAACCCAAGUUGUAGAAGCUUUUGGCUUAUAUCGUUAACAAGAAUAUAAAUCAUUUCAAUUACAUAAUAAUUAUUUUUUAGCAAAUAAAUUAAUAUAUUUUUGUAUUGCUUUUUACUUAUUAUUUAUUAAUAAAAGUG